AUGUAUAGUCUGCUUCGUGACGAUCAGUUAUUUGAACGGUGUGAUCCACAUAUCCCAUUUGACGCAAAUGAUAUGGUCAACGGUUACGCACCUGAAUUUCGUGGUUCAUUUAAUCUCAACUGGGAACAUCCAUAUAAUCCUACAGAUGUUGCAGCUUACGCACAGGCUGUUACUGUCCCGGCUAAAAUCUGCAAAUAUAAGAAACCGAUGGCUGAUGCUGUAUUUCCACAAGUUCCAGCGAUAAAUAUUGAGGAACCUGAGUUUGUUUCUAUACUGCCGUUACUGAUUGCUGCUAGGCAUCAUAACGUUGAUAUUCACCAAUACCAUAUUGUAAGUGAAAGGAAUUCAUUCCGAAAAAUUGCAAUGAACAAUGAAGACUAUGUCAUAAGUGUGCAGAAAUUUCGCGAAACAUUAUUUCUCAGACGUCAUGAUGAACGAAACAACAAUAGAUCUAGUAUCGGCCAUCGAUUCGAGAGACUAUGCACACCUACUUAUGACAUGAAUGCUUCUUACUAUCAAUUAGUAGAAGGGACAAUAGGCAAUUUAAGAACAUUAAUAUCUGCUGAAACUGAUGCAGUAUUUGACCAUGAAGAUCCUGUUGAACUCAAAUGUAGCUACAGUAAUCAUCUGGCCGAUGAUAGGCGAUCUGACGUUUGGUUGCAGGCAUUUCUUAGCGGGGUUAAAAGGAUCAUAUUUGGCCAAUAUUCAGAAACCGUGUAUGCAACAAGGCUUAAAGGCGAAAUUCAGAAUAUCUCUGUGGAAACAUUGAUUGAAGAGAUUGUUAAGGACACAUUAAUAUCGACACUGCACCGGGUCCUUCAGUUUCUUUCAGAACGUGUUAAUGAGAAUCAAGUUUAUCUAUUAUCACGUCGUUUUGAUCACCGGGCAGGAAGACAUGGCUUGUAUUUGUACACAGUUGGUGAACAAGACCGAAUACGGCUGACAUUUAUUCGCAGAGAGACGUUUGAUGAAGUGAACAACACUAAUCCAGUCAUUACACAACAAAUGUCUAUAACUUCCGAAGAUCCACAAGCUGCGAAUUAA